AUGGAAAACGGUAAUGGAGAUCAUGCGACUAAUGGUAAUGGAGCUGCUAACGGUCAUGUGGAGUCUCUUAUAUCCAUCCGAUAUCGAGUUAUGGGUGGAGGACCCCGUGUCCGAUAUUCGCCUUCCACUAGGUUCCUUUGUUGUCCUUAUAAGGAGACACGUGCCUACCCUAAUGAUCUUGUGCUGUCCAUUAAUGAUGAGCGCCGACAGUUAGUGGUUACUAAUAGGGCAUUAUUUCAGGAGAUCAAGGAGCUGAAUGCUAUGGUGGAUGCCCAGGGUGUUAGGAUAUUGGAGCUCGUGGAGACGGAGAGAGAGAAAGAUAGAGCCUUGAAACGAUUUUUGAAAUUUGCUCCGCCUAAAUUCAUUGGGGGACCUAAUCCCGAGGUAGAGGAGAAUUGGCUGGAACGAAUGACCAUUAUAUUCACCGCCUUAAAUUAUACUGAGGAGAGGCGUAUGAACUUUGCUGCUUUUCAAUUUGAGAGUGUAGCACGUGCUUGGUACGCCCCAGAAUUGGUGGCCACUGAAAGGAGAAGGAUAAGGCAGUUUGUACAAGAAUUUAAUGUAGAGAUUCAAGAGGGGUUGGUAGCAACCCAAAUCUCUACUUUCACUGAAAUCCUAGAGAAAGCGCAGAGAGUCGAAAGCGCAAGGUUGCAAGUUAAAGAUUUUCAAGCCAAGAAAAGAGGCGCUUCUAGUCACUCUCCUGGACAAGCAAGUAAGGGUACCCUACCUACUAAAAUGGAAAGAGGAGCGAGAGGAGUAAGGGCUGCUAGAGCACCAAGAAGGGUUUUAUCACGAGGAGGUAGCAAUGGGCAAGGCCAAGCGAGAGGAACACCUCCUAGUAGACAGGCCGUGGCUCCUCAAGUUGUUUGUAGCUACUGUGGUAAGCCUAACCAUAUGAAGAAUGAAUGUUGGAGGAAAUCGAAAAAGUGCUUGUACUGUGGUAGUGCCGAGCACCAACUCUUAAGUUGUCCAAGUGUGCCGAACGAGGGAGGUAGUGCUCAACGGCUAGAGAAGUCGGCCUCUAAGCAGUCUAGUGCUAGAGGGAGUCGACCUAAGGUGCUGACUAGAGUUUACGCUUUGGACCAUCAACAGAUCCCUGAUUCCACUGAAGUGGUUGAAGGUACGAUUCCUAUGUUCCACCGUUUAGUUAAAGUUUUGAUUGACCCUGGUGCAACACAUUAUUUUGUAAAUCCUAAUUUCAUGAGUGGAAUAGACGUGAAACCAAUUAAAUUACCUUAUGAUUUGGAGGUUAGAACACCUACUGGAGAUCAAAAUUUAAUUACUAACUUGGUGUAUAAGAAUUGCGAGAUAUGGGUUGGAGAGCGAAAACUAUUGGCCGAUUUAAUGAGUUUAGCUAUUAAGGGGUAUGAUGUCAUCCUAGGAAUGGAUUGGUUAACUCAUUACCAUACUCAGUUGAAUUGUUAG